AUGUUCUCUUUACGGUCUACGAUCGCAUUUACUUUGCUCUCAUCUCUCCUAGUGACCAAAGUGGCUUUAGCAGGAGACAGCAUCAAAGUCAAAAUCAACUUACCUCCAACUGGUGAAUAUAGAGAUUGGGAGAACUCUUCCGAUUAUGUAGCCGGAGGUGGAAGUAAAGUACAUACGUUCAACAGACAACAAAUCCAAGAUGAUUUCGCUAUUAAGUUCCAUUAUACAGUUUGGGAACCGAUGGAGGAUGGUUCAGAUUAUAGACAUGGUAGCAGAAGAUGGGAUAUGACUUGUUACGUCAAAGCUACCGAUACUACCGAUACGCUCAUACCUGAAUUCACCCUUACCGACGUAUUGAAAAACCCCAUCGAAGUCAAAGUUGGUGGCCCGGCCAUACUUUGGUGUCCCGCCGAUCAAGGUACAUGCACCAAGAAAGACUGUCAGGUACCCAAUAUUGAUUCUACAGCCGCAUAA